AUGGGGUCGCCCCUGGGAAGGUCACUGGGGGCGUCUCCGCCCCUGCGAGAGUCCUUCGGGGCGCCGCUGUUCCUGGGAGGGUCCCUGAGGGCGCCGCAUUCUCUGGCAGAGUUCCAGGGAUCGCCACCGCCCCUAGAUGGGUCCCUGCUAGCGCCGCCGCCCCUAGGACGGUCCCUGGGAAUACCACCACCCCUAGUGAGGGUCCCUGGGGGCGCCACCGCCCUUGAGAAGGGGCGGCAGCGCACCCAGUCGCCCUCCUUAGCAUGGGCGCCGACUCCAGGGGCCCUGCCAAAGACCUCAGCGCCCCCAGGGGCCCUGCCAUGUGCCUCAGCGCCCCCAGGAGCCCUCCCAGGGGCAAUGGAGGCCCUCCCAGGGAUUUUGGCAUCCCAAGGGGCCCCUCCCAGGGGCGGUGACGCUCCCAGUAACGAAGGCGAUCUCAAGUGCAAAAACAACUGCUCUCAGGGACCCUCAACGGACAGUGCUCCCUGGGGCUCUCUCACUUGCCCUGACAGAUGCAGUGCCCCCAGGGAAUCUUUCAAGGUGUCGGCGCCCCCGGGGAAUCUCCCAAGGGACGGCAAUCCCAGGGGCCCUGCCAUGGGCGUCAACUCCCCCAGAAACCCUCCCAGGGGUAACGGAGGCCCUUCCAGGGAUGGCGGUUUCCCUAUGGGCCCUCACAGGAACGGUGGUGCUCUCAGGGACGAAGGCGACCCCAAGGUCCUUUCCAGGUGUGGCGAUGCCCCCAGGUGCCCUCCCAAUGACGCCAGUGCCCCCAAAUGA